UUUUUUCGCCGCAGAUCCUGGGGUACCUUUUGUGUUGUCCAGUCACCAGCCGAGAAACUUCAACGCUCAAACACCUACGUUUGCAGCCUUCCGAUUUAACCACAUCUUGGUGGAAAUCUACACCACUAUGGCUGCGGAGCAGAGAAAGCUGCUCGAGCAGCUCAUGGGCGAACAAGCCCUCACUGGCGCAUCUCACCGCGCACCACAGCUAUCGAUCACUGACCCAAAAGUUUGCCGCUCCUAUCUCGUUGGUACAUGUCCGCAUGAUCUGUUCACAAACACGAAGCAAGACAUCGGUCCCUGCCCAAAGCACCAUGUCGAAAGCCUCAAAGUCGAAUACGAGUCGGCAUCAGACGCGCAGAAGGAGAAGUGGGGCUUCAAAUUCGAUUACCUCAAGGAUAUGCAGAAAUACGUUGAUGAGUGCAAUAGAAGGAUUGAUCAGGCCCAACGGAGACUGGAGAAGACGCCGGAUGAGAUCCGACAGACAAAUAAUCUGUUGAAGCAGAUUUCGGACUUGGCACAGACCAUCGAUGUUGGCCUUCAGGAGAUACAAAUCAUGGCUGACGCUGGUGCUGUUAAUCUCGCUGUGCAGGAACACUUCAAAGUGCGACAAGCCCUGGUGACUAAACAGGAUCGUGAGCGCGAGCUCAAAGCACUAUCCGACACAUCGGGUCCUUCAGGCCAUCAAAAGCUCCAAGUUUGUGAUGUAUGCGGUGCUUACUUGUCACGACUGGAUAAUGAUCGACGAUUGGCUGAUCAUUUUUACGGCAAAAUGCAUUUGGGUUAUGCACAGAUGCGGAAGACGUAUGACGUUCUUCGAGAGGAAUUAAAGGGCAAGACGGCGCCCGUGAGGCCAGAUGAAGGAUUACCAACGGGACCGAGUGAUGGCGGUUAUGACAGAGGCUUUGGCGGAAGGCAAGGCGGGUGGGGCGGCGGUCACGGCGGUGGGCGAGGUGGAUAUGGAAGAGGAGGCAGGAGAGGAAGAUGGUGAUCCUCCGUCCAUCGAUCUUUCAUAUCAUUAUAAAUGAUGCAUCAUCUUGGCGUUCCGAGGUAUGUGCUUCUCGCGUGGGGAAACGGGAUAACCUCCAAGGCAGCGACGAAUUCGAGUCUCUUUGCGGAAGAACACUUUCUACUUCGUCCAGCGGAGCUUCAAUCUCGUUUUAAUACAAAAUAUGGCUCUAUAGUGCGUGAUCACGGUGUAACUGAAAACCAAUUUUAUUUAUUGACUCAUGCUUCAGAGAGAGCAAUUCUAGGUUGACCGCACGAAUAUGAAUCCAGAUUUGGAGCACGAGUACAAGGUAUGUUCUUCACUUUCAAUCUCGCGGUGUCAUGUAUGUUGCUCUUCGUUCUUUCGCUAUGAUGAAAGUUUGGUCUUUCUUAGCUCAAGGCAUCACCAGAGCAGUGAUAUUUGCGACAGACGACACGAGGCUUCCCCAAGCUCCUUGACUGUGCCAACUAUGUGAAAUGAUUCCAAGAUGAUUGUUAUGUCCUUACAUUAUACAUCACCUCACCGUUAUUAAUAGAGAUAAGGUCAUAAGAUUGUGUCUUAUCAAUGAAUGUAAAAGCAAAUCAAGAUCAAACAUGUUUUCGAUCUCAAUCAUACUUCACAAAACCGUCGAAGCGAUUGGACUGAAAAGCCUCCAUAGAGUUCUCUAUUUUUGUCGUCCUUGCACACGAUUUGCUGUGACUCAGCC